AUGCGGCUCCAGCGGCUCCUCCGCGCCGCGCUGCUGCUCUGCGUGACCCUGCUGCUGGCCGCCGCGCAGAGGCCAGGGAGCGCGGCGCUGCGCAGGAAGCUGCACCGGCACGGCUGCCUGCAGCGCCGCUGCGUGCCGCUCCACUCCAGAGUGCCCUUCCCCUGA